GUCCAGGAACUGUUAAGUGGGCUCAUGAAGGCGUAGGCUAUAAAUGUGUCCUCAGAUGAUCACUGACCAGUCACAGUUUAGACUCUUCGCACAUAGUGGAUUUCAUCUUUGUGGAAUAGAUACAUUCAAGGAUUCGUGCAUACCAGAUUAUGAAUGAUGGCUGAGGCUGUCCACCCAAUUCUCUCCGUUUGUCCCUCACGAGCACUCUCUACCGAGAAGUUCCGGGUGCUGGUGGAGAAUCUGCCUCCUGGUCUCUCAGUCACUUUGCACUCUCUUCACUGCUCUGAGAUGAAGGAUUAUUGGGAGGCGUUCGGACACUAUGUCGCUGAUAAUAAUGGGACUGUCGAUGUUUCACAAGAGGCUAGUCUGGGGGGAACCUACACAGGAAAGGAGCCGAUGGGUUUACUGUGGAGUAUGAUCCCUGUGCCAGGAUCUAAAGAGCAUGCAAUUUUGUUCAAGGUUUACGUGGAGACACCACAGGAGGUGCUCAUCUCUGUGUUUCAGGGCCACCUCUCUGAAGGCUUCAGGCAGAAGCCUCCCCUGGCCUCAGUGGUGGCCGAGAGGUGGUUCAUGGCACCGGGGCUGAAGACUAUCAGAGUGCGAGAGAAGGAGAUUGAGGGCAUCCUCUACAUCCCUCCGGGUCCUGGACCCUUUCCGGGAGUGCUUGAUGUAUCGGGCUUUGGAGGUGAUGUGACGGCUUACCGUCCCGCAAUGUUCGCGGCUCAAGGUUUUGUAGCCUUUGGGGUCAACUACAGCAUUCCUGGAAGACAAUUCACGGUGGACUAUUUUCUGAGGGCGUUUGAGUUCCUCCAGGAGCAUCCGCUGGUGAUCAGCAACAGAGUUGGACUCAUUGGCAUGUCUCUGGGUGCAAUCGUGGUUCUCAAUAUGGCAUGCCGUACCGAAGCUAUCAGUCCUCGCUGCUGUGUCUCUGUCAAUGGCAGCCACUUAUUGAUGGAAGAGUCGGUCGAUAAAAUGUUGAAUAAUUUCUUUAAACUGAAGGAACACACCAUUCGGCGAAAUGAGCAAAAUCAUGUAAUAAUGCGCGGUUUGCCACUACCUAUCCCAAAUGAACCAACUAUAAAUAUGGAAAAUAUAAAUUGUCCAUUGUUGCUGGUUGUUGGGGAAGACGAUCUUAAUUUCCCAUCUACAGAAUGUGCUGAGUUGAUGGCAAAGAGGAUGCACACGGCAGGCAAAGAGCACCUGUUGACCAUACUGAGUUAUCCAGGUGCCGGACACAUCAUCCAUUUGCCCAAUAGCAACCUUAUCCGGAUCUCCCAUUGGCGCUUUUCAUUCUUCGACCAGCACGGUGAAAAAUUGUUUAAAGUUCAUUAAGAAUGGUUAAAAAUGUAGUUCUUAAUUAGGGAUUAUUUGUAGUGUGUGUGUGUGUGUGUGUGUGUGUGUGUGUGUGUGUGUGUGUGUGCGUGUGUGUGUGUGUGUGUGUGUGUGUGUGUGUGUGUGUGUGUGUGUGUUGCAGAAAUGAUACUGUGGGGAGGACACCCAAAACCUCAUGCAUUUGCUGCGGAAGACAGUUGGGACAAGAUCUUGGCCUUCCUCAAGCAACAUCUGUACCCUGAUCCUCAAAGUGUCCCCGAUGCAGCGCUGUGAAUGUACAGACAGCUGCCAUGGCUUUUGGUGGCAGUGCGUCUGAUCGAGACUAUCAGGUUUUGCUGUGAAUGUGUGAUAUUUCUUCUCCUAAAGUGUCCCAUAUCUCAGGGAUGGGAUGUGCAAAGUGUUCUUGUGCAGGGUGGGGAUAUGCUGGGCAAAGAACCUGAAUGGCCAGUAGUCGUUUCACCUCCCACCCUCGGCCAAUAUACGCUGAGAGGGGAAACAUUGAAAUAGGCAAUGAGUUAAACUAUUUAAAAAGUCCCCAGGGAGACAAUCGAUCGGACAAUAAAUCCAACCAAUGAUUAGAUCUAUGGUGUAAUAUUUAGCUCCACCCCUUUCACAAUCACAAACAUAAAUGCUGCAGGGUACUUCACAAACCUCAAAUUAUUCGAUUAUCAUAUCUAGACCAGUCUGUAGCCAAGUAUAAUCUGUAGUUUGGUAUUUUUUUUAUAUAUGCUAUUGUGUGUAAUUAUAUAUAUUUAUAUAUAAAUUUAAAUGGUCCAUUUAUUUGUGAGGUGAUGUCCCAUAGGUGCAUUCUUUAUAUGUAUUUUAUAUUCUAGUUGAUGGUUUUCUCUGUCCCUUGUCUCAGGUGUGGGGCACCACGGGGGAGUUGUCUAUAAGGGUUUGGGUUUAUUCUGUUUGGGGUGGACAGGGGAGUUAUGUUGAACGCCAUCGGGCAUGGAGCCGACUACUGUGACCUCUGACGUGUUUCUGUAUUAUGAUAUUGUUCUAUUUUUCCUUAAUAAAUGUUCAUCGUGGACUGCG